UAUUCUCCAUGUCUUCUACAUUGGAAUCUGACAAAUAAUUAUAGUAGUGGUUGUUAGCAGAUUUCUACAUCUAUACUUCUAUAUAAUACCAUUACCACCUUGCCUUAUGCUUUAACCACACAUAUAUUUGUAUUUAGUAUUAUACCAAAUAUAAAUACAAACUUAAGCUCUUGAAGUUUAGAUCAUCACUAAAAUGGAGAUGAACAAGAAGGAAAUUGAGCAUCAAGAUACCGAGUUAAGACUAGGAUUACCGGGCAGUCAGAUCAAAACUCAAAUUAAUAAGAGAUCGUUUUCUAAUAUUAAAGAAUCUUCUUCUGAUGCUCAUAACACUGAAAAUGAAACUGCUCCCCAACCAAAGGCACAAGUGGUGGGUUGGCCUCCAGUUCGAUCAUACAGGAAAAAUUGCCUUCAAACAAUGAAUAAAGAUGCUGAAAAUGGAGGGUUUUACGUAAAAGUAAGCUUGGAUGGAGCUCCUUAUCUUAGAAAGAUUGACAUGAAACUAUACAAGGGCUACUCACAACUCCUUAAGGCUUUACAAGACAUGUUCAAAGUUGAAGUUGGUAUUUACUUAGAAAAAGGAGGAUAUAAUGAGUCAGAAUAUGUGCCAACUUAUGAAGAUAAAGAUGGAGAUUGGAUGUUGGUAGGAGACGUGCCAUGGGAAAUGUUUAUUACUUCUUGCAAGAGGCUAAGAAUCAUGAAAGGAUCAGAAGCAAGAGGAUUGGGUUGCUUGCCCUAAAUCAUAUUUUUUACUUUUUUUUUUGAGUAUAUGAAGUUUUUUCCUUUUUUUAAUUAUGUUUUUUUUUGGAUAAAUUAAAGGAGUAUUUUUUUUUCAUGUAUAUAUGGGAGAUGAUCGGCUUUUAGAUCUAUAGCAUCUCAUUUUCAUGUAUAUAAUGCUCCUUACAAGCUCCAAAAGCCCCUUUUUUGGUGCAAAAUGUUAUUGUAUAUAUACUUUAUGAAAAGAAUAUAAUUUUUCUUUUCUUUUUGCAA